AUGGGAGCUGCUUAUUGCAGACUCGGUCGAGUGGAUUCCGGGUUGGAGUUGUUAAACGAAGCUUACGCUGAGGUGUCUGCUUCCAAGGAUUCUGAUUGGCGGCAUUCUGCUUAUCUGGUAGCUCUCACACAAUUCGGAAAAUGCAUGUGUGGAUUUCCAUUGUUGGAUCCGUCUUCAAGUGCAUUAAAGGAAGCCCUCGAUGUGAAGCGUGGACUGGAACUGCUCCUGGAGGCAAGAGAAUUCGUGAUGCAAAGGCCUCAGGGUCCUGGAGCUAUGUACAAAGGAUCCCUGAAAGAAGACAUCUCACUGAUGAUUGGCCUGGUGUAUGAAUUCACGGGCAACUUUCCCGCGGCAAUCGAAUAUCUGAAAGAAGCAGAUGCAUCAUCAUGGCAACGCUGGCUUCACCUGCAUGAGGAUUCUGUCAGUGAUGCCAAGGAGGCUUUGCGAGUAGCAGAGUGUAGCCGGGCGCGGUCCUUCGUGGCCCUGCUUGUAGCAGAGCGCUCGGGGGUAGCACAGGGACACGUGCUCACCAACGUUUCGCCUAUGUUCAAGGAGGAGGACUUGAUUCUGGGGAAAAUAGCGGAAACUGUGCGUGGGGAUUUGAAGACGCCCGAGACCAGCAUUGCCCAAGAGUCAGACGAGGAUGCCAGUGAGGCAGACUUUGAUGCAAGGGGCUGGAGACUACCCAUAAUCAGCAGACGGCAAGCGCAAGAGCGUUUGACGUGCUGCUAUAGAGCUCUGAUUGAGCCAGUCGAGCAUCUUCUCGACGGGGAACAGCAUCUCAUCAUUGUGCCGGAUCAUCACUUGUGGAUGCUUCCCUUUGCAGCACUCCAGCUGCUCCAGCUCCCGUCAGGCAGGUACUUAAUCGAGAAGUUCUCAAUCAGGCUGGCCCCAUCUGUUCAGACCCUGAUGCAAAUAUCCCGGCGGCGGGAGCAGAUCUCUCGAAUGCCAGCAGUGGCCCCAACUGCGCUGGUUGUUGGCGUUUCGGAAUUCAGUGGGCACACCGAGUUGCAACUACAGCCGCUGCCGUCAGUUCCCUCUGAGUGCAAGGCAGUUUGUGAUGCAUGUGGUCGUGCGGAGAUUCGCAACUCACUUGAUUCACGUUGCGACACAUGGUCUGCUGGAGCAGUCAGCUUUGGUCUUACACGGAACGCCGGCAUCUCGGCUUGCAACACCGGUCGGGGCUCUGUGGGUGCCGACGGAGUCUUUGGUCUAACCCGCUCCUUCCUUGUGGCCGGAGCUGGUUUGGUAAUGGGCACCCUCUGGCACACCGGUGAUGCUUCCAGCGGAGUCUUCAUGAGCGGGUUCUACUCUUAUCUGCUUGACAGCGGCCUGCCGGAGCACGUUGCGGUUCAGCAGGCGAUGUGUGCCAUGAUUCACGAGACCGAUGAUCGUGGCAAGCUGAGGUGGCGGCCGGCCAGCUGGGCCCCUUUUUUUCUGGUUGGUUCCGCCUCACCUUCGCCAGUGCUUGGAAGUAGCCGUAGCAUGGAGGAUGACAACGGAUACAAGGGCACCGUGGAGUGCAAGACGAUGCUUGCUAACAGUAGCGGUGCUGUCCGAUUCAAGCCGCACCGCUUUACGCAGACGGCCAUGCAUCGUGCACUGGAGUCGCGGCGAGCGCGACAGGUGCUUGGCGAGGACCCGGGUGAGGAAACCACAAACGUGGCUCCCGAUGCACAGUCCCUGACACUGCGUGCCGGCCCGGCCUUGCUGUUGGCCGUUUCUGCAUCAUCGCACCAGCCAGCGAGGCGAUGGAGAAGCGUGAUGCGGAGCAAUGGCAUUCGCCAGCUUGGUGAGACGAUCCGGCAGCGCCUCUUUGGAAGUGAAGGCCGGCUCAAGGAGCUUCCGAAUCUGAUGAAAACGCCGCAGAUGAUCUAUGAGGAGAAGCUGCGACCUUUGGAGAAACAGCUCCAAUUUGAGAGCUUCUACGACACAGCCGAGCUAAGUGCCGCAUACUUCACGUCGAAGCCGAUGGUCCUCGUCCUAGGCCAAUACUCGACAGGGAAAAGCACGCUGAUCUCGAAGCUCUUGAAGGCGGAGUAUCCGGGCCUCCGUAUUGGACCCGAGCCGACCACGGACAAGCGUUUUGGAAGCCGCUUUUUGGAGCGCUUCGAGGGGGCAUUGAUGCCGGAAGAGGAGGUGCCGGUGCUGAGCUGCCUCAGCUUCGUGGACACGCCGGGUGUCCUGAGCGGGGAUAAGCAGCGAGUGGGCCGCAGCUACGACUUCGAGGGCGUCAUGGGUUGGUUCGCCGAGAAUGCCGAUCUGGUCAUUGUGCUGUUUGACCCCAACAAGCUUGACAUCAGCGAUGAGUUCCGGCGAUGUCUGGAAGCACUGGGCAAGAAGAGCGAAAGCAAGAUCCGCUUCGUUUUGAACAAGGCGGAGAAGCUCGACAGAUUCGAGCUGGCGCGUGUCUUUGGAGCGCUGAUGUGGUCCCUGUCCAAGGUGAUCAACAGCCCGGAGAUGCCGCAUGUGUUCCUGAGCCCUGCUUCGAACCAGCUGGACCUCUCGCCAGAGGCACUUGCCUUCUUCCAGUCGGAGGGCGAACGGCUGAGACAGGAGCUUUUUCAGGUGCCCUUGGACAACACAACCCGCAAGGUCAACGACCUCCUGCGGAGGGGGCGACUCCUUCGGUGCCAUGCUCUGCUAGUGCAGCAGCUGCUUACAUUGCGGGGGCCUUUCGGACGGCGGAAGGUGCUCCGCGAGACGAUCACUGACCCUAUCAAGCUGGCAGCCGAGUGCGCGAAGGUAGCUCAGUCCAGCGGCAUUCCCCUCCAAGACUUCCCAUCCGCUGCCGCCUUGACGGCACAGUUCUUGAAAAUGGGGGACACGCCCGUGCAGGAAGUGCCGUCUCCGCUUCUGCGGAAAGCAGAGGAGGCGCUGAGCAAGGACAUCCCGGCCUUGCUGGACAGGGUGGCUUCUGAGCGAGAGCAGAUGAUCCAAGAGGGACUGCCGAUGCUUGACCUGCUGCUGGACUCGCGAACGAGGGAGUCCGCAGCUGCAGAUCCGCGUGCGAACCCUGCUUUUCCAAAACUUGCGGGCGAGGAGCUGGGCCAUGUUCACGAGCUCCAGCACGAGGUGGCCGAGAAGACAUGUCAGCUCGACGAAUUCUCGCGGAAGGCUUCUGCUAUGGAGGCCGAGGUUGAAGAGCUGCAGCAUCAUCUUGCCGAUUCUCAGCAGGAGUGCAACAUCGGCCGUGCUGUUGCACUUCUUGCAGCUGCGCACUCCGGAGUUAUCCACAGUUGA